UUUCCGCCAUAUUCAAAAUCAGCCCCGUCCGAUCAAUACACCCCCCGAAAUAACAAUUUUUAAUUGUACUACGUUUUGUAUACACAGUUUACAGUAGCGCAUUUCAGGUCCACAUUUUCAAAUGGAGGAAACCGACGGAUCUCCAGCGCCGAUGGCGGAGCAGUUUAACGAAAGACCGAGGAGGAACAAGAGAAGGUCGUCGGUGGCGGAGAGCGACGCUUCUCCAGAGCGCGAUUUCAAACGGCCGUCUUUGAGACGAAGAAGUUCUUUUACUUUCCUGACACCUGGACCCCAGUGGGACUUCACGCUGAAACGCAAGCGUAGAGAGAAGGACGAUGUGGACACUGUCAGUCUAUGCAGCUUUGACUUCAAGGAACCCUGUACUAAGCGUGUGCGGCCUCUCGGCCGAGUGACCUCGCUGGCGAACCUCAUCUCUCCCGUGAAGAAUGGGGCCGUCCGACGCUUCGGCCAGACCCUCCAGGCCUCAUUUCGGGGCGACGGGCGGUCUCCGGGCGUGCCCCAGCAGAAACCCUGUAGCAAGGCCGUGGCUCCCACACCACCCAAGCGACGAAACAGCACGCUCUGGUCCGAGACCCUGGACGUCCAUCAGAAAGGAACCUUUUCCACCAAAGAGAUUAAGAGACAAGAGGCUAUUUUUGAGCUGUCUCGAGGAGAACAAGACCUGAUUGAAGACCUGAAAUUAGCCCGAAAGGCGUACCAUGACCCAAUGCUGAAACUUUCUAUCAUGUCUGAGGAGGAGCUUACAGCCAUCUUUGGAGACUUAGAUGCGUAUAUUCCUCUUCAUGAAGAUCUUCUCGCUGAGUUGGCGAAGGCUACAGGCACAGAUGGUACAGUGGGAGAGAUUGGCAAGAUUGUUGUGGAUUGGCUGCCAAGGUUAAAUGCGUACAGGGCAUAUUGCAGUAACCAGCUGGCCGCCAAAGCCUUGCUUGACCAAAAGAAACAGGACCCACGGGUUCAGGACUUCCUACAGCGCUGCCUUGAGUCGCCUUUCAGCAGGAAACUAGACUUGUGGAGCUUCUUAGACAUCCCUCGUUCACGACUGGUCAAAUACCCCCUUCUUCUGAAAGAGAUUUUAAGACACACACCACCAGAUCACCAAGACACCUCAAGCCUUGAGCAGGCAAUAAGCAUCAUUCAGGCCGUGUUGGCUGACAUAAACAUGAAGAAAGGGGAGUCCGAGUGUCAGUACUAUAUCGAUAAGCUGGAGUAUUUGGAUGACAGACAGAAAGACCCUCGCAUAGAGCAGUGCAAGAGCCUGCUUUGCCAUGGGGAACUUCGCAACAAAAGUGGCACGAAGUUGCAUGUGUUUCUCUUCACGGAGGUUCUGGUCUUGACCCGGCCUGUUACGCGGAACGAUCGACAUUGUUUCCAGGUGUACCGCCAGCCAAUCCCAGUGCAGGAUCUCGUAUUGGAAGACCUGCAGGACGGAGACGUCCGCAUGGGUGGCUCAUUCCGAGGGGCCUUCAGUAAUGCAGAUAAAGCCAAGAACAUCUUCAGGGUACGUUUCCAGGACUCAUCUCAGGGCCAGUCCCACACACUGCAGGUCAAUGACAUCUUCCACAAGCAACAGUGGCUCAACUGCCUCCGCACCGCCAUGCUGACCCAGAAAGAUUCGCCGCUCCCUGAGAGUGAAUCCUUGUCAACCCCUGCCAGUACUGACGUUCGCACCAAACGGCGCUCGUCUUCUGUCUCCGCCAUCAUCCUUAUGGAAGAGACGGAUGAGAACUAUCCACGGGCCGCGGCCUCCGCCCCUUCGUCCCCCAGCUCUGAGGAGCCCCCCAGCCCCACGUCCUCCACAACCUCCACCCUCUCCUCAUCCUCUUCAUCAUCUUCAAUUUCCGCCCCCUUUCUGUCCCGCAAAUCCAAAAAGGACAAGCGUUCAAUCUGCUCGUUGGGCAAGAGAAAGGAGACCAUGGUGUAAAGACUAAGCUAUCCCAGGGUGCACAUUGAGUGGCACUGUGUGGAGGACUUGUAUUUAUGUGUGUGUAUGGACUGUGUGUUUCUACAGCAGUGUUUUUGUUACUGUCCACAAUGGCAGCUAUUAUUACCAAAUCCCUCCCCCUAAAACCCUCCCAGGUCCAUGUGGGCCGCACCAGUACCAGAAAGACAGUAUUCGUGAGGCGACUGUGUGGAUCUCAAGGGAUUGAAGAUUGAAGACACAUCCCGUCUUGUUUAUUGUUAGUUUGGUCAUGUUUUUGUUUUAUUAUUUUAUUAAUAUUGAUUGUUUUUUGUAAUUAAAGUUUUACUUUUUUAAAACUUCUCAAUAAGAUAUUUACUGUAGCUCUUUUUUGUUUUUGUUAAAAGCACUGUUUAGCUUUUAGAAGGGAAGAAUACCCACUGAGAAAAAUAUAUGAAAUAUCCAAAGCAAUGAAUACUUUGUGAAAGUCUGAUUCAUAGCUGUACUGGAAGGCAAGUCUUACAAGUACAUUCCCAUUAAACAGAUGUUUUAUCAGCUUCAUUUUAUAUUUAAAUCAGAAUUUUUAUCAUGAAAAAAUGCUACGUUUUGUAGCAAUUUGAUUUCAAACUGUCCAAAUGGAAAAAAAAAAUAUUUUGUUAAUGCAGAAAUCAGAUCUGAGCCAUAAGUUUUCCACCCCCCGAAAUGAUGGAUGAAUAUUUAAUGUAGCAUCUUGCAUGGAGCUUUACUUGUUGAGUCGUGCCUGUAUUAUCAUGAGGGCCCAGUGCAUGUACAUGCUUGUCAAAGAAGAAAGUCUUUGUAGAAAUGGACUGUCGGAUAGAAGAAAAGUUGAAUGUUAAAUGAGGGUUUGAGGAAUGUUGAUGUGAGGUUUAGAAGGAAACGCUGGAAUAGAAUUGGAUACGAAUAGAUGGACUUGAUGAUGCGCUACUCAAUAUUAGCAACUAUUCAUGCACAUUGAUUUGCUGUUCAUAUUUUCGUAGUGUCUUCAUGAAGUAGGAAGGUUUGAUACACUGGUUUAAAAGCCAAGAUGUUGUUUUGAAAAGGAAAAUGAAAGUAUGUUUAGGAGAAUGAACUGUUUAAAGAAGGUUAAAGUAGGUAUGUUAUGACCCCUUCAAAAUGUCUGUAAAAGUUUGUAAAUGAGAAGGGAUGUACAUUAUUGAGAAGGACUGUGGUGGCAUUAUUGAGAAGGACUGUGGUGGCCUGUAUGUACAGUGUAUGGUGUAAAAAACUAUUAAAAGAACAAUAAAGGUCUGUGUAAGAUUUGCAUCGGACAA